AUGGCAAAAUCGAGGCCUACAAAACAUCAGAUGAAAACGCUCGUUGAAUUGAUGUCUAAUGACCCAAAAUUGAGUGCUGGAAAAUUUUCAGCAAAUUUCACAAAAAAAAUUGCUAAGGCAAGAUGGGAGGACAUUGCCAUCGAAUUAAACUCUCUACCUGGCUGCGAAAAAUCAGGGGAUAAAUGGAAAAAGGCAUGGCAAGACACUAGGGCAACUGCAAAAAAUAAGGCUUCAGCAAUCAAAAGACAUAUUAAUGGUACUGGAGGAGGACCUGCCACUAAUUUGGUAAUGUCAGAGGCUCAAAUGGAUAGUAUUCCAUUAAUGAGCCAAGUGGCUAUAAGUGGUCAUUUGAAUUCAGUGGAGUCCGCUGUAUCAUUUAACUAUGAAACACUUUCAGAACAAACAACAUGUACGAACAUCUAUAAUAAAGAUGCAGAAACAACAGAAGAUCCCCAAUUUGAAGAUUUGCAACUGGACAUAAGUCAUUUUGAUGUAGUUAUUGAGAACAAUCAAAAUUAUGUACCCAAUGAUGUUGAUGAUUUAUCACCCAAGCUUGUAGAAACUGGACAAGAAUUGCAGUUAAAAAGUGUACCUAAAUCAAAGGGUAUAAACUCCGAACAACCUAUGAAAAAACAAUCUGCAUCUGAAAGAUUAUCAGACAGCAACAAAGUUGCCCAGAAUAUGGUUGACCUUACAUCUAAAAAAUUAAAUAUUAAAUCUAAUUAUUAUGAUCAAAAGUUGAUUCUUUUACAACAAAAAAAUAAUAUCCUCAGCAACAUUCAUACACUUUUGGAAACAUACAUUCAAAAUAAAAUGUAA